GAACCGCCGACAGUCGUUUGAAACCGUUGGCAAAGUUGGAAGGCUUUGUUCAAGAAGUUAAGGCACAAUAUCACACAAUGUUAGCCACAUACAUCACGUUACUAUCCGCCGGCUGUUUGCUGCUGGUCAAUGCAGGAAAAAUGAUUUACUACAAUGAUCGGCUGCCUGUGGAAACGGUUCCCAGUGCCAGUUACUAUUGGCCUAACCAAAACAUCCUUCCAGGCGACGAACCCGACGCAAUGCACUAUCCCACAUGGUUCCAACUGCCCUGGAGACCGUUCCCAAUCCUUCCGCAACAGGAUGUAGAGGAACAACCCGAAAUUGUUACCGUUCCACCGCCGGAAGUUGACACUCCCCCCUCAACAACUACCGAAACCCCCGAUGAAACGCCCGAAGGUCGACAUCUUCAUCACGAAAAGCCCCACAAACAUCACCACAAGCACAAACAUCAUAAGCACAAGCACCAUCAUCAUCAUCACGAUAAGGGAACCAAAACGGAUGAGUCCGGCGAUCUGCAAGGUGCUAACGUUGGUCAGCUGAAAAUGGUUAUCCUGCAGCUCGAACACAAACUAGAGGAGCUCAAGCUGCAACUUUUCGGUAGUCGUUCACUCACCAACGAUGCUGCCGUUGACAAUGAGCACGAUGAUGAAGAUGCUGCUCGGUUCGAUGUGGAUGCUAGCAGUGAUCCGGAAGUGUCCGAUGAGAGAGAGCACCUUGUCGAUGAACUGUCUCCUCCAUCACCCAAAAAUGUGCUACCGACAUCGGAAGAAAAGGAUGAGGGAAAACUUUUAGUAGGAGGGAGUGAUAAAACCACUUCCGAGUUAGUGCUGGAGCAUCGAGAAGUAGAAUCGAGCCCGUUUGAUAAUGGCAGAAGCUUGGCAGAAAAUGUACAAAAGUGGUUCGAAGGGUUGGAUCUGGGUAAGAUUGCUGCGUUACCGUUGGAAGAAUCGGUCGAGAGUGAAGAUGUUUCGGGAACUAUCGAUGUAAGGGGUCAAUUUUGAUAAAACAUAUUGAGCGGUUUUAACGUUGUAAAAUAGCUGAUCGUAACUGAUAAUCACUAUACCAAACUGAUAAAUAAACUCUGAAAACUGUGGUGACUAAAUGUGGCAAUUCUAGUUGGUAAAAUUUCUUUCGAGGUAUAACAUUUACGAAAUAAUGCUCAAAGUGGCAUAACAAACAGGGGUUUAAAAUAAAUAAAUCUGAAACACACUA